AAUUAGCCUUGGGGUUCUGCAAUUAGUUUUGUAAUUAGACUUUGUUUAAUACUUCUAAAUGACAAGAUUCUCUUUGAUGUAACACCUCUAAACUUUAGACCUUAGUAAACGAACACACCCUCAGUAAAAAAGCAUCGAUCUGCCAUGGGAACCCCUCAGAGCGCCACGUGUACGUGUGCACCGUUUAUCUUGGACCAGGGAUGAAAUCAUGAAACCAUAUUAUAGAGUAACGAUGAGGAGAGCCCAAUUAGCGGAAAUAGUUAAUUGCAGGGCAAAAGUUAAGUCUAACCUUUUGCGGAUUCACACGAUAGAACACUGUCGUAUGCCGCAUGGCCGCCCCUUCCUCGAACCCAUCCUUGCCCAUCGCCCGCUACAAGCCUACAAAUCCCACUCCCCCACCCCGGCAGGUUCGGCAACCACCACCUCUCGGGCCGCAGCCACCACCACCGUGUGCUCGUGUGCUCCACGAGGCUCUAAACCCUCGCACGCUAACGCCGCUCCGCCAACGGCAAAAGCCGGCGCCUCGCUCCAGACCUCAAGAUCGCCUCCUACCGGCCACCAUGGUGAACGCCGCUUCCGCCGCGGGCUUCGUCGACCUGUGCGCCGGGCUCGUCGCCCUCGAGAUCUUCAGCUUCCUCGACCCCCAGCCGGGUGCGGGUACCGCGCCAUGGGCGCAAGCCCCGCCGCCCGACGACAGCGCGCUCGGGCUCUUGGUGCCGCUGGGCGCGGCGGGGUUGCUCCUCACCGCCGUCGCGCUCAUCUACCGCCGCCUGAGCCACGCCGCCGUCCCCGCGGCCGACAGGCGGAUGCCGGGGGUCGUCAACUUCGUCCUGUGCGUGUCGGCGGGCGUCCUCCACCUCUCCUUCUUCGUGCAGCCGGCUGGUGGGGCGGAUCACGUCGCGCGAGCUCGCGCGCUCGGUCUGGCGGCGCUGCGCGCGUUGCCCGCUGCGGCGACGGCGACGUACUUUUGGGGGAUGAUGCUUAUCAUAGUUGCGCACGUCCGCGCCGGCGGCGAAGGCGGCGGUGGCGCCGGCGCUGGAGCGGGGCACGGGGAGGUCCAGGGGCCCGUGCGCAUCCUCACCAACAUCGCGCUCGGAGCGGCGGCGGGGCUCGUCUUCCUCAUCGCAAUGGCUCUUGGCGUCAAGUAUUAAAACCAAGCUGGGCAAGGGCAACCACGACUGGCUACGGUCAAUAUUCAUUGUGGGGAUAUCCUGGGAUUGCCAUCUUCAGAGCAGAAUUUGACUACAUCUCCAUAGUGAAUUUAGUCAUGUGUAGCUAUUUUCAGAUGAAUGUUGUACUUAAUAUGGUCCUGGUUAUGGUGGUUAUUUGUGACUAUGGUAGUCGAGUCAGGGGUGAUCCUUUGAGCUUGUUGGUCUAUUCUGAACAGACUUUGCUCUGUCACCAUUUGAUGCAUCUGAUGUGUGAAUACUUUGGUGCAAUCUUCAAUCUGGUGCUUGUACUUAUUGAUCAUCUGGUUUAACUAACCCAAGGCGAUUGUACUGGUGUCCUGCUAUAUGUAAAUGCCCAAAUAAAUGGGCUGGUUGCCAGCUGAAA